CAAUCAACCAUUGUAUCAUUGAAACUCGAAGGUUCAUUGCAGCAUUCUAAUUUAUUUCAAAACCAAUAUUUAUUACAGCAGUAGAGGUUUCUCUAACGUUAUUUUGUUUUGCAAUUCAGGAUGUUAUUGGAAAUUUAGCGAAAAAGGCAAAAAACAUAACCAGUAGCCUGAAUGCCUCGCGUAAUAGUCAACUGAAAAAAGGUAUCCCAGUGACUGUGCGACAGCCCCCUCCUGCCAUGCAGCAGCCACCUCCCAGUAAAAAUAAUGUUAGAGUUAGUGGUAAGGCUGGAGUCACUGGAAAUUCUAAAGACAAAAUCAAUGAAAGUGGAAGAUUAUGCGAAUUGAAAUAUGGAAGCUACUGCCUUUGGCGUGAAGAAAAUAGAGAAGAGAUGAAGGAUGAUAUAGUGAAGAGAUUAAAGGACUGGCUUUUCGUGGCAAGGGCAUAUUUUCCUAGUAUUGCAAAAAUUCCAGCUCAGAACAAUUUGUCUCGUGAACUAAAACAGAAUAUUCAAGAGUUUGAGCGAAUCCUUAGUGAAAGUGCAACAGAUGCCGACCUUCCAUCACAGAUUAAGAAGAAGUUACAAAGUAUGGAAGCUGCAAUAGCCAAAGCUAAAGUAGUUCCCACUGUGGAUUGUAAUAAUGUGGACAAGAAAUUGAGACAAAUACUUGACAUGACUGAGGAUGAAGCAAACUUCCAUAUGAAGCAGUCUGCCUUUCUCUUCCAACUUGCAGUCCAUACCAUUCCUAAGAGUCUACACUGCCUGAAUAUGAGACUAACUGUGGAAUAUUUCAAAAAUCAUUCAUCUAAUAAGGAGUCUGAAAAAUAUGCUGAUCCUACAUUACAACACUUUGUUAUCUUCUCCAGAAAUGUACUAGCAUCAUCAGUUGUAAUCAACUCUACUGUUGUGCAUGCAAGUGAAAGUGCAAAACAGGUUUUUCAUGUGUUGACUAAUAGACAAAACUUCUAUGCAAUGAAACUUUGGUUCCUCAAUAAUUCUUACAAGGAUGCUGCAGUUGAAGUGUUGAAUAUUGAAGAUUAUAACCUAGAUUAUCAUGAGGAAGCAAACCUCUCUCCCUUGUUCUUACCCAUGGAAUUCCGUGUUUCUUUUCACAGUGUUGAUAAUGCUGGGCCAAUCAAUAAUAGAACACAAUACAUAUCAACCUUUUCUCAUUCUCAUUAUCUUCUUCCUGAGAUAUUUAAGAAUUUGGAGAAGGUUGUGAUUCUGGAUGAUGAUAUUGUUGUCCAGCAAGACUUGUCUGCAUUAUGGAGCCUUGACAUGGGAGGGAAAGUCAAUGGUGCGGUACAAUUUUGCUCAGUGAGGUUGGGUCAGCUGCAAAGCUUCUUGGGUGAAAGUGGUUUUGAUAAGAACUCUUGUUUUUGGAUGUCUGGAUUGAAUGUAAUUGAUCUAGUCAGGUGGAGAGAGCUGGCCCUUACUGAAACUUACUGGAGGCUUGUAAGAGAGCAGGCAAAUAUGGGAGAAGGAUCAGCAUUGAAAGCAAGCUUUCUUACCUUUCAGGACCUAAUUUAUGCUCUUGAUGGGGUGUGGGUCCUGUCAGGGCUGGGGCAUGACUACAACCUUCGUACUCAAGACAUCAAGAAGGCUGCAGUUUUGCACUAUAAUGGAAAUAUGAAACCUUGGCUGGAAUUGGGGAUUCCGAAGUAUAAAGCCCGUUGGAGGAAGUUUCUAAAACGAGAACAUCAAUUCUUGAGUGAGUGCAACGUAAAUCCGUGAAGAACUUAUGGUUCAGGUUUUACCAUCUGAGCUCGUCAAGGCUCAGGAAGCUAGCUGCUGGAAAUUUUUACCUCGAGCUAGAUUUUCAAAAGGGAUUAAUUGAUAGUGGCAACAUGGUGACCGAUGAUGAAUCUGAAAGUGAUCACUCUGAUUUUUUUUUUGGUAAAUAAAAGGGGGUGGGUAAAUCUAAUUUCUGGUUGAGCAAAAGGAGUCAGGUUUCCGUAAAGGUGACCACAGUUGCCAGGGUGAGAAAGAUUCGAGGUUUUAAGCCUAUUUGUUGGACUGAUGGAAGGAGCUCUAUUCCCUCGCUCCUUGCUUGGUGUGGUUAACCCCUGACAAAUAAUUCUUAGUACUGAGAAGCCUGUGACGUUAUGUCUGUCAAAAAGAGAUGUCGUAGCCAUUCAAGUUGUAAAUGAUUUUUUUUGUGAGGAGGCAAUCAGUGUGCUCUUCAGACUUAAGCGUAGGUCAUUCUUCUUUGAUAUUACCAGUUGAUUUAAAAUUUGUUUUGAUAUUAGGUCAUAAGGAAAAUUAUUUGGACUAAUUUGUUGAAUCGACAUUGCCUGAAUUCUGGCAGUCUUGUUACCUGAAACAAUUGAAUGCUAAUUGUGCUGAAGACAUUCUUAAGUCCUCUGGGUUUACAGCAGCUGAGUAUCAAUCU